GCCUUGGAUUUCCUGCGCUGCAGCUCCUUCUCCUCAGCAUGCCUGCAUCUGCGAUGAGAUCCGGUGAAACGCCUCAUCGGCCUCUGUUAAAUGCGACCGUCACCUCGCCGGGAGCCGCUGCCUCGGCCGACUUGUCAGCCCUGGGACGCAUUCCAGCCUCACUGAUGGACAGCAACCCGUCAGAAGCCCCGCUCGUCUGCUACGACUGUGGUGUUCUCAUCGGAAGGAUUGUCAACAAUGAGACGGAAGGCAGGCACACGUCGGUGUUCCUGCAGCGCGUUACCCACUGCGGACAGGACAGAGGGAGGCUUUACUGUCUUGGCUGUCUGAAGACACUUGGACGAAUCGACCACAGGCCAGACUCAGAGUCCCAUCAAUCUGAGUCGGCCGAUGACAGGAGCCGCUCCUACGUGCCCGCGCCUGUCACGUAUGGCUACCGGUUGUCGGUGGAUUGUGUGGAGAGGAAGACGCGGCCGCUGCGAAUUAUCGUUUAUGGGCUGAAGGAGGCGACUGUGAGCGAGAUGGCCUCUUGGUGGAGGAGGGCAGUGCCGACACAAGGGGGGUGGGUUGUGGAUGAGGUUGUGCUCAUGAAGGCGCAGCUUCGGGGGUUCCUUUUGGCCGAGAGAAAAACUGCUGUGGAUAUGGUGGUCAUCGUGCACCGAAACGAGGGACGGGUGAGGGAGUGAACAGAGAGAGAGAGACUCUUCAGGCGCCCCAUUCAGUCAGUGAUGGGAUGGAUGCACUGUUGGUCGUUGUGUCGUCCUUCAGCUGCUGCUGACGGACCGAAAUGGGCUGUACAACGACGUGCUGCAGGCAUGCUGGCACGCCACCAACGCCAACGUCGUCAUUAUUGUCACAAAGGUCACAAAGACGGAGCUUGUGGCGUCCCUGUCAAAUCGUUUCCUUCGCCCUUCACCUGUUCAGGUUCCCACCUCACCUGACACCCUUAACGAUUCGGCCCUCGUGGCGACGCUCGCCCACCACGCCGAUCAGCCCACCAUUGGGGCCCUCAGUGCCGCGGGCAGACUGAUCACAUACGAUCAGACGCCAUCCCAACGACAAGUAAAGAAACGACCGACACGCGACAGAUCCUACGGCUGUCGGUUUCAUUGAACGAGUCCGAUUCUUGUUUGUAGGCGGACUAUCUGUUAGAAUUCGCCCAGGAGAGUUUCUGUCGAUUACCGCUGCGGUCGUUUCCCGGGAUGCCGCCCGGGUUCCAGCCCGCACCGAGGCGGCCCCACACAUCGAGGGGAGGGGGUGCUCCGGCUGCCAAGAGACCGCCUCACCAGGCCUUCUUCCGGUGCACUCUGCUGUGACGAUGUGACGAGCGGGC